AUCAGGAGAGGGUGACCUUUAACACGGAUAGGCGCUCUGAUGAGGGUUUGUGAGUAGGAGGGCAGUCCUGAGUCAGCGAGGGGGAGAUGUUUUGUAUUUCCCAGGAGGGUCUUUAAUGGGGAAAGCAUGUAAAGCAGGAGACAGCAGGCGGUAAAAUACAGAAAUUCCCCAGUAAGUAGAGCCCUGUGAUUUAAUGGGAGGUUUUAAGGCGAGGGGUUAGUAUAGCGCGGCGUGGAGGAGCGGAGGUCCGUGAGAGGAGUUGCAAACAUUGGUUUGGGUGGAGGGCAGGUUAGGGACAGCACCGACGGGGAGGAUGAGCGAGGACUUCGCGAAUGAAGGGGUGCCUGAGCGAGCAACACUGGCCAUGGACCAGCCAGCUGGCCUGCAGGUGGACUACGUCUUCCGGGGUGUGGAGCAUGCCGUGCGGGUGGUGGUGUCUGGGCAGGUGCUAGAGCUGGAGGUGGAAGACCGGAUGACAGCUGAUCAGUGGCGGGGCGAAUUCGAUGCCAGCUUCAUCGAAGAUCUUACUCACAAGACAGGGAACUUCAAACAGUUCAACAUCUUCUGUAACAUGCUGGAGUCAGCUCUUACCCAGAGCAGUGAGUCAGUCACCCUUGACCUGCUGACCUACACAGAUCUGGAGUCCUUGCGAAAUCGCAAGAUGGGGGGCCGCCCAGGCCCCUUGGCCUCAAGAUCAGCCCAGCUUAACUCCAAGCGCUACCUGAUUCUCAUCUACUCCGUGGAGUUUGACAGGAUUCACUACCCGCUGCCCCUCCCGUACCAGGGCAAGCCAGACCCUGUGGUCCUGCAGAGCAUCAUUCGUUCACUGAAGGAAGAGCUGGGCCGCCUUCGAGGGCUGGAUGGUCAGGAUGUGCGGGACACCCGAGAGAGCGAGAUCUGGCACCUGAGGGAGCAGGUUUCACGCCUGGCAUCUGAGAAGCGAGAGCUGGAGGCUCAGCUGGGCCGAACACGAGAGGAGGCUCUGGCCGGGAGGGCGGCGCGCCAGGAGGCCGAGGCGCUGCGUGGGCUUGUCCGGGGCCUGGAGCUGGAGCUGCGGCAAGAGCGGGGCCUGGGACACCGCGGGAUCGGCCGCGGCAGCCAGGACUGCCGGCGCCUGGCCAAGGAGCUCGAGGAGGUGAAGGCUUCGGAGCGGAGCCUGCGCGCCCGGCUCAGGACGGUGAACAACGAGCUGGCCGUGUACAAGAGGGGGAGACGGACUUCGCCGGUGGUGCCGCCAGCGGCCCGGGAGGAUCGGGCUUUGUCGUCGCGGGAGCGCUCCACAUCGCGCGGUCGCAGUGCCGCCCGCUCUUCUUCCCGGGAGAGCGGCCGGGGGGGCCGGGGUCGAGGCCGUCCUGCCCGCCCCUCGCCCUCGCCCACAGGUAGUCGCCUGCCACGUUUCGACCCCACAGCCUUUGUGAAAGCCAAGGAGAAGAAGCAGAAAGAGAUCAAGAUGAAGCAGCAGCAGCAGCGGAACCGAUUGGGCAGCGGAGGAAGCGGGGAUGGGCCAUCCAUCUCCUGGUCUCGCCAGACUCGGCCGCCUGCUGCCGUGACCCGCCGAGGAGACGCGGCUAACCGCUCCCGAAACCGCAGCUCCUCGGUGGACAGUUUCCGCAGUCGCUGCUCCUCCGCCAGCUCCUGCAGCGAGUUGGAGGAUUUCUCUGAAUCCCUUCCUAGAGGGUAAAACUUGGCGGGACGACGUCGUGGGAAGCCCCCCAGCCCCACAACCUGGAGUGGGUCCAACACGCAAAAGUCCACCCCUCUGGAACGCGGCCGCCAUCAGAGACGCCUGGCCAAUUCGGGGGGCUGGGUCCCUAUCAAAGAGUACAGCUCCGACCACCAGGCGGCAGAUAUGGCCGAAAUAGACGCCCGCCUGAAGGCCUUGCAGGAAUACAUGAACCGACUGGACACACGGUCUUGACCUCCGCCAGGGACCCCCACCCCUCCAUCCCCUACCCAACAUCGCUGGAUUAGGAGUGGGGGGCGGCGUGGCAUGUCCUUCCAGCCCCGUGCAGGCUCCUCCCCUGCUGGUGCUCACCGGGUUUCAGGUGUGUGAAGCCCGAUCCCUCCCUCUGCCCCAUGCAUUGCAUGCUAGGAGGGAGGGUAUGUGCAUUUUGUAAAUAAACGUGUUUGCCUUUGGGAUCCUUCA